AUGACUGGGGCUGGCGCCGCCCCUCGUCUUCCUACUGAGCGGGACGCCGAGCAUCACCAGAGGUCCAUCACUCCCUUCGUGCUGUGUGAAAAUACCCAAUCCCUUGUCUAUUUCUAUUCGGGUCUGAGCUGCAAUGGCCUGGAUCUUGACGGCUUCGCCUGGUCAAUGGGGACGCCAGAUCCGUUAGGCGCCAUGGUAGAGAGGCUAGAUCCAUGGUGUACCAGUUCAGCGACAGUGCCAGGGAUGGCGCAGGAGAUGUGUGACCUUAAAUUUAAUGGUAUUCGGAACUUAGUAUACCAGAAUGGUUCAAAGGCAUCUACUUGUGUGCUAUACUAUGUUACAUCUACUGCAGCUGCCCUUAAACAAUCAUGA